CAGCCGCUGGAGACUCCCUGUGCCCCGGCUCAGGAAUUGUCAAGCACAAGGAGAAAAGGUUUCCUGAUGGAACAUGCAGCCCCUUUCUCUGUUUUCCUGACUGACAGCUUUGGACGUCAGCACAACUACUUGCGGAUCUCCCUGACUGAGAAAUGCAACCUCAGAUGUCAGUACUGUAUGCCAGAGGAGGGCGUUCAUCUGACUCCCAAAUCCGAGCUGCUUACUACCCACGAGAUUAUCACCCUUGCCAGACUCUUCGUAAAGGAAGGUGUGGACAAGAUUCGACUAACUGGUGGAGAACCACUCAUCCGACCUGAUGUGGUUGAUAUUGUGGCUCAGCUGUACAAGAUAGAAGGGAUAAAAACUAUUGCUGUCACAACGAAUGGGAUUAACUUGGCCAGGCUGCUGCCCCGGCUGAAGGAGGCUGGUCUGGAUGCCAUUAACAUCAGCUUGGAUACUCUGGUUCCAGCCAAAUUUGAGUUCAUUGUCCGGAGGAAAGGCUUUCACAAGGUAAUGGAAGGAAUUCACAAAGCCAUUGAACUUGGGUACAAUCCAGUCAAGGUGAACUGCGUAGUGAUGAGAGGUUUCAAUGAAGAUGAGCUGCUGGACUUUGUGGACCUCACAAAGAAUCUGCCCCUAGAUGUACGGUUCAUAGAGUACAUGCCCUUUGACGGCAACAAGUGGAACUUUAAGAAGAUGGUGAGCUAUAAGGAGAUGUUGGAUACAAUCAAGCAGAGGUGGCCUAAGUUGGAGAAACUGCCCUGUGAGGCCUCCAGCACAGCAAAGGCUUACAAGGUGCCAGAUUUCCAGGGACAGGUUAGCUUUAUCACCUCCAUGUCAGAGCACUUCUGUGGAACCUGCAAUCGACUGAGGAUAACAGCAGAUGGGAACCUGAAGGUGUGCCUUUUUGGGAACUCAGAAGUGUCCUUGAGAGAUCAUCUGCGGAUAGGCUCCUCGGAGGACGAAUUGGUUGAGAUCAUUGGAGCAGCAGUGGGCAGAAAAAAGAAACAGCAUGCCGGCAUGUUUAACAUUUCCCAAAUGAAGAACCGGCCAAUGAUCCUGAUCGAGAAAGCAUUGAGUCCAUCUCCACUACUCCAAGUUGCCCUGCAGAAUCCCCCCAGUUCAAAGCAAUGGGGCCACAGCAGACAUAGCCACUGGCUGACUCUGGGAGUAAGUUUAUUAAAACAGAUGGAAAAAGCAUUUAAGAAAAAUGUGUUUACAGGACAGCUUGCCUUGCCAGCAUCUCACCCAGAGCAACAGCAGCUUGUGGCAGGAAUUCAGCAAGCUCAGCUGAGAGGCAGUUGCAUCGUCCGAAGGAACUUGAGCUCCAGCUUAAAUAUGAAGUGCCUUAAGACAGAAACUCCUUCUGUUAAGCACACUGGCCAAAUUGUUGUGGACACUCACUCCAGAGGUGCUGCCAGAAAUCAGUCAGAAGAGAAGGGUCCAGGGUCUGAAGCCAAUACCUGUCAUCCUGGUUUUUGUGCCAGUGUACCAGGUGCCUCUGAUCAUCUGACUCACACUGACCAGGAAGGACGGGCCACUAUGGUAGAUAUUGGAGGGAAGCUAGAUUCCAGAAGGACUGCAGUGGCCACUUCUGUGGUUCGACUGGGUCAGAAGGCAUUUGGGAUGGUGGUUCAGAACCAGCUGAAGAAAGGGGAUGUGCUAGCAGUAGCCCAGAUUGCAGGGAUUCAGGGAGCCAAGCUGACCAGCCAGCUGAUCCCAUUGUGCCACAACAUCCCACUAAGCCUUGUGGAAGUCUCUCUCAUCCUGGAUGAGAGCAGGUAUGCAGUGGUGAUCCAGGCAUGCUGCUGUACCCAAGGGAAGACAGGUGUGGAGAUGGAAGCCCUGACAGCUGCCAGCCUGGCUGCCCUGACUGUGUAUGAUAUGUGCAAAGCAGUCACUCAUGAUAUAGUCAUUGAAGAGGUGAAGUUGUUGAGCAAGACAGGAGGGCAGAGGGGAGACUUCCAGCGAGCUUAGUCCAUAGGCAUUGGAUAACACCACUGAGAGUUCUGGGCCUCUGGGCCUGCCUGCACUAGGCUUGGCAAAAAUGCCAGCAGACACCACCUGAAAGAUGUGACUUCAGGUAUAUUACCUAAUCAUCUCAGUGACAAGCUGGGAAUUAUGGAACUACUGUCUUUUUGCCUCAAUGAAUUGGUUUUGAGUUUGGUUUUCAGUUGAGAGCUUGACAGCCAGCUUUAAGAGGUUUCCAGGUCAGACCACAACUAGAUUUUGGCACUCCUGAUAUUGCCAGUAGGGGUGCCAAGAAUCUAGUUAGGUCAUGGAGACUGAGCUUUACUCUCACUGCUCUCAAGUGUCAGAGAAGCUUGCAUGCUUCCUGUAAUCAUGCUGUGUGUAUAUUCACAUCUCCAGGGUUCACUAUCUUGGCACUUUUCAUCAAUGCUAAAUUCACUUGACAAAUUUAAUAUUAUUGUAAUAAUGCCUUGGAUUAAGGACUGUGACAGAAGAGCAGUCCCUCCUUCUGCCUACAGAGGUUGAACUGAGGAGUAACUUCAGGAACAGACAAUGGGAACAGUUCAAGAGACAUGGCCACAAGCAAAAUUUUUAAUAAUGUGCAUAGACUUAUCAUCAGACAAUCCAUACCAGUGAUGGGAUGGGAGCCUAGCUUGCCUGUGACCUGAAAUCGUAGCUGUUUAUUGACUGGGGGAUGGGGGGAAUGCUGGCAGGCAUCUCAGCCCAGCCCUACUCUUAAGUGCAUUGUGAAGUAUGCAAAAGAGAGGGAAUUUUUGGCCCUCCCAACACUGAUUUGCACAUCCUGCCGUUUCAUUACAAGUCCCAAGUCUUCUCCCUGGCUGGCUUUGAAUUUGCCCUACAACUGAGUCUUUUCAGAAAGGGUAAUAGGUCUAUUUAUGUCCCUCCAGGGUCUUGAAAGAAUACCAUGUUGAGGUGUGUCAGGUUUUUUCUGCUAAACAUUUUCAAAGCAACAUUAAGUAUGACCAAAAACAGGUAGCCUUGACACACACGUCUCAAAAGCACCAUCAGAUUGACACUGUUUAAGCUAGUUGGUGCAUACUGCUGUGUACACAGGAGUAGACUAUGGCCCCAAACCUGUUGGUUCUAGUGGGAGUUGCACUCAGAUUGUCAGAUAUUUAAGUGUGCAAGCCCAAGGACCUGACUAGCUUCCAUGUCAACACUCAAAAACAGAAGUAUGUGCCCCAGCUCAACAUAUGCUGCACAUGAAUAAACUGAGGAGUUUAUUGCUCCCAGGCACACAUUCAAGCGGUGUGCCUGGGAGCAAUUUAUUCAUACGCUGUAAUUGUGCAUGUAAACAUGCACUGUGCCUUCCACAAAAUGACCGUUCCUUUUGACAAAUGGGAAAGUAAACAUCCUUUUGUUGUUUAACUUUGCAAAGAAGAGAGAAAUCCUGUUAUUUCUCAAAGGAUAAACAGUUAAAGAAGAAGUUUCAAGUAGCCAUUUAAGUUUUUAACAAAAGCACUUACAAUACAACCAUAAGAGUUGGUAAUAGUCACAAUAUUUUACUUUUCUGAAUAGCCCCUAGAUCCUAGAGGAAGUGAGAAUCUGCACCUUUUUGUCUUUAAAUACAAGUCUGUAGCUCUCCUAGGUCAUGCUGCCAGUUUAACAAGGUAAAGAAUGCUUUAAGAAAAAAUGUCUUUUCAAAUAUUUGGGGUUGAUAAUACUGAGUAUUUGAAACUGUCCCUUUUCAAGACUUAA